CGCAUAUCUUGCGUGUGCCAUGCUGCGCGGAGAAUAUUUCCACCCUUCUCAGCAUUACACUCAAGCAAUCACUGCUCAACAUGGCUCAUACGGGUCCCUCGUUCGAUAUGCAGUCGUACUCUGUACGAUUGGACACAUUCCUACUUCCGCACCAACUAAGUAAGCGACGAGCCAGUUCGCAAACAGCAAAGAAAAAGGCCGGUACUAUUGAAUGGCCGCAUACUCUUCCAGCGCCAGAACAACUAGCAAGAGCCGGAUUCUUCUACCAGCCAACCGAAGAUUCAGACGACAAUGUAAAGUGCUUUAUGUGCGGCGUCACCUUGAACGCCUGGGAGGAGUCCGACAAUGCCGUUGAGGAGCAUCUUGGUCACUCGAGCAAUUGCGGUUAUGCGAGAGCCAUCGGCGUGUCGCGCGGCCCAGGCUCAUCGCAGGAGCCUGAACAUCGAGAUCCGAUGUCGGAUGACAUGGUCGGUGCGAGACAAUCAACGUUCACAUUCGCUGGAGGCUGGCCACACGAGUCUAAAAAAGGAUGGAAAUGCAAGAUAGCAAAAAUGGUUGAGGCGGGAUGGUCAUGGGAUCCGAAUCCGAACGUAGACGAGGCCAAUGACGGUGUUACAUGCUUCUACUGCGAUCUCAGUCUCGAUGGCUGGGAGCCAAAGGAUGAUCCGCUAGAAGAGCACAAGAGGAGAAGCCCGCAUUGCAGAUUCUUUGAACUCCUCGAGCACAAUCCAAGGUCAUCGAUGAGCGGCAAGAAUAAAAAGUCCACGAAACGCGGGAAGGCCUCCAUUCGAUCCAGCACAGCAAGCAAGGCCGGUCGCUUGAGUUCGCAGAGCAUCCUCAGCGAAGUUCCGAGUACGGCGAAUAGUUUUUCAGAGCUUGAUACAAACGCAACCAUGUCAAAUCUGGAUGAAAGUAGCCUCUCAAUCGCUACAACCCAGAGUGAAGCAUUAAAGACGAUCAAAAAGAAGCCAGCGCGAACCAAAACUACAGCCAAGGGUUCCAAGAUUCGCAAGACAAGUGUGAUGGAAGAUUUUACGGAGAACAAUGUUGCAGUUCAGUACCCGGAUCUGGGCCUAGCUGUGCCAACGCCAACAGAUUCUGAAUCUGAAGACGUGCAGGCUGCGGCGCAUUCUAAUGCCAAGUCUCAGAAAAGCCGCCAGGUGGGGACCAAGGUAAAGGCACCAAAAUCUGUCAAUGUCGAGUUCGAUCCAUCAGAUGCGGCAGUACCAAAGAAGAAAGGACGAAGCCGCAAAGCCCAAUCGCAGUCUCAGCCGGAGGAUGCUCGGGUCGAACACAGCACACAGCCAGCGACACCGAAUGCUUAUCUACUUAUGGCGGAGAGAUCGGACGAGGUGGCAAAUCAAUUGCAUGACGAACUGGAAUACUCGAUGGAAGAGCCAGCUGAGGGCGAAUCAACAACCAUCGAGGAGGCGACGAAACCCAAACUUGGCAUGAAGCGCACAUCUGAUGGCCGUCCCAAAUCUCUUGUCUCCACAUCAGGUGCCGCGCAAAUCCAGAACAUUGACGGGAAACCAGCUGCGCCAGCGAAACGAGGCCGAAAACCAAAACCAAAGCCAAGCGAAGCAAUCGAAGACGACUCUCUCGUACACGCGAGCAAAGAGUCUGCAUCGCAGCGACCUUCUGAAGGCAAGGCGGUGAAAACUCCCAAAGAAGCGUCAAAAACAAAGAAGAAAUCUUCUGCCAGCUCGAAAGCCGAUCUUGUCUUUGAGCAAGAGAUCUACUCAGACCAAAACAACAACGAUGAAGCAGAAAUCGAGCUUGAACUUGAGCGAAUUGCAGCUGAUGAGAAUCUGCAAGACGCCAUCGCAGUUGAGCACGGACUUGUGGCAGAAUUUGAGGCCUCACCUUUGCAAGAUCGAAUCAGCAAAGAUAGCCAAGAAAUUCGUGCCCUCGAGCGCGAAAUUCAUACUGAGAGUCAUCAUGAUCGGACAAUACAUCCGGCUCUCGUCGCAUCACACUUGCUUUCCCAGCCAUAUGCCAGUCCCAGCGGGAGUGACAAAGAGAACAAUUUAGGAUCGAGUCCGCAAUACAGUGACAAAGAGAACGAGCCGCAGUCAGCCGCACGAUCAUUGGUACAGCGCAAUAUCGCAGCCGUCAUGAACAGCCCUUCAAAACCCAGCAAGAUACCGCUGGCCCCUGGUACUCCUAAUCGCUCGCCUGUCAAGCCACGCGUCAGCCCGAGCAAACAAAUAUCCCAUCUUUCGUCCACAGUUCCGUGGUCAGCGGUGGAUCUAGACGUGGCCUUGACCGCAUCGCCUCAGCCUACGCCGGGGCGUUUGAGUCAACAACUGGCUGUUGCCGCGGGCAUCCUCACGAGCCCCGAGAAGUCGAUGAGCGUGGAGGAAUGGAUCCGAUAUCGAGCUGAACAAAGUGAAGCUGAGCUUAGGAGGCGGUGCGAGCAGAAGGUCGCCGCCUUCGAGACAGAAGGCUUGCGUGCUCUACAAUCUUUGAACGGCAUGCAUGUUUUAGCGUAGACUUUCAGAGCGUAGCGAAUAAUAUUAGAUGAGCUCAAGCAUGCAGGUGAUUUUGAGGAGCAAUUUGU